AUGGCCAACCUGGCGCCUCAAGCUUCAUCAAGCCUCAAGCAAGCAGGCAAGGUCAUCUGUAUUGGCCGCAACUUUGCGGAACAUAUUGCCGAGCUGAACAGCGCCAAGCCCAAGCAGCCCUUCUUCUUUCUCAAGCCCACCUCAUCCAUCGUGCUCCCUGGUGAGGGUGCUGUCCUGAGACCCAAGGGCAUUGAGAUGCACUAUGAAGUUGAGCUGGCUCUUAUUAUCGGCAAGCUGACUAAAGAUCUUCAAGUCUCUGAUGCUCAGGGCGCUAUGGAUGCUGUAAAGGCUUAUGCUGUUGCCAUUGACUUUACUGCCCGUAACGCUCAGAAUGAGGCCAAGAAAAAGGGCCUUCCGUGGUCAAUUGCCAAGGGCUUCGACACUUUUCUGCCCAUGAGCAACAUCAUUCCCAAGACCGCCAUCCAGGACCCUCACAACGUGGAGCUCUUCCUCCAGCUCAACGGCGAGACCAAGCAGCAGGGCUCGACCAACCUGAUGAUCUACCAAAUCCCUCGCAUUCUGAGCGACAUCUCAAAGGUCAUGACUCUUCACCCUGGCGACAUUGUCCUCACAGGCACACCUGCUGGUGUUGGCCCUGCUGCGCCUGGUGACGUUGUUCGUGCUGGUCUGAGGAUUGAUGGAAAGGAGGUGGAGGAGGGUGCUAUUGAGAUUCCCGUCGAGGAGUCGCCUAGUUCCUACACUUUCUCCGAGACUUGA